GGAUUGGAGAAUCAUAAAGAAAAGAAAGACAGGAGGAGGAGGAGGUGGAGAGGACCAGAAAUCGUGGUGGGAAGGGGCUGCCUCCGUCCUUGCAAGCGGCUCCCAAGCUGCACGCAGGAACCGAGCUGCCUCCAUUGCAGAUCGCCAGCUCUUUUUUUGGGGGGGAGUCCCCCCUCCCUGUCACAAAAGGCUGGUGGGGUCCUCGCGCCGCCACGAAACGGCCUCUAAUAAAGAGCCACGCAGGGACUUUCUCAUUGUUUGAAUUGUUCGGAUCGGCACCCCAGAGCAGAUUUAUAUUCAGCACCCCCGGCUCGGGAUCUGCAGAUCGUCUCCUUUUUCUACCCCCACCCCCCACCCCUCGCUCCUGAACCGGACUUAUCAGGAGCCAGUGGCUUGCUGGCUUGUCAUCGGAUCAUGGAGGAUGCGUGGCUAGUUGCAGAUCCGAAUCAGAAGCCUGUUUACAGGGAAACUCACCAGGAGACCUGUGACAGUCUGGUGGCACUGAGACCUGCAAGUCCCAAACCCAAUGAGAUUUUCCUGGUAGAAGAAGAUGAGGAAACCUGUGUCCCGGCAUCUAUUAAUAGGGAGAAUGCCCGAAGAGCCACCUUAGCAGUCGAGGGACUGGGCAGUGAAGAGGAGGAGGAGAGCGACGAGGAAGAUGUCCAGCAGCAUGACAGCCCUGCGGUGGUGCAGCUGGAUGCCGGGAACUGCCAGAGUCUGCACUGGAGGGUGGUGCAGCAAGUGGGCGGCGGCAAGGUCCUGGCGCGGGAGGGGCCUCCCCUCAUGGUCCUGCAGAAGGGCUACGAGUGCGAGGACUGCGGCAAGGUGUUCAGCUGCAGCUCGCACUACAGCAAGCACCGGCGCACGCACACAGGCGAGCGCCCCUUCCGCUGCAGUGACUGCGGCAAGAGCUUCAACGUCAGCUCCAACCUCUACCGGCACCAGCGGGCGCACGCCAGCGCCGGCGCCAAGCCGCCGGCCCCUGCCCCCUCCCUGAUGCCCAGCCGCGGGCUGCCCUACCAGUGCGCCGAGUGCGGGCGCUGCUUCCGCCGCAACACGGAGCUGGUGACCCACCAGCGCCUGCACACUGGGCGCCUGCCCUUCCAGUGUGGCGACUGCGGCAAGAGCUUCUCCUGGAGCUCCCACUUCGCCCGCCACCUGCGCAUCCACACCGGCGAGAAGCCCUACCCCUGCGACGAGUGCGGCAAGCGCUUCAGCCGCAGCUCGCACCUCUACCGGCACCAGCGCACGCACGGCACCAGCGCAGCGGCCAGCGUCACCCGCGCCUACAUCUGCACCUACUGCGGGCGCAGUUUCAGUACCACGCUGCACUUUGACCAGCACCAGCGCACGCACCGCGGGCGCAAGCCCUACAAGUGCACACUGUGCGGCAAGGCCUUUGCCGACGGGCUGGCUCUGGUAAAGCACCAGCGGCUGCACCUGAUGGGAGGGGACCAGAGCCACCAGUGCGCCGAGUGCGGGCAGAGCUUCGGCGGGCGCUCGCAGCUGGCCCGCCACCGCCGGCUGCACGGCACCGCCGAACAGCCCUACGGCUGCGGGGAGUGCGGGCAGAGCUUUGGCACGCGGAGCCAGCUGGCUCAGCACCGCCGGCUGCACCUGUCGGCUGACAAGCCCUACCGCUGCGGCGAGUGCGGGCUGAGCUUCACCUGGAGCUCCCACUGGGAGAGGCACCGGCGCAUCCACACGGGCGAGAGGCCCUACUCCUGCGCGGACUGCGGCAAGCGCUUCGGGCGCACCUCCCACCUCUACCGACACCAGCGCACCCACGCCGGCGGGCAGCCCCAUGUCUGCCCGGAUUGCGGCAAGAGCUUCAACAGCACCUUGCACUUCCAGAGGCACCAACACACCCACCACCUCGAACCGGACGGCAGCCCGCUCCCCGGCCGGGCCUGCGGGGACUGCGGGAAGCCCUGCGCCGCCUCCGCCGCCUCCUCUCUGCUCAAGAACCAACACGCACAUGCGGGUGAGAGGCCGUACCCCUGCCCCCAGUGCGGGCGCCGCUUCCGUGACACAGAACAUCUCUACCGCCACCUCCGCAGCCAUGCCCACCGGGCAGGGGAGACUGUCCUCAUGCCGGCUUCUACACAGCGCAAGGAGUUUGUGCCAUGCUAAGGCGCUGAGGCCGGUUCGCCUGGCCGCGAGAGCGCUAGGCUUUGUGCUGGGGGGUCGGACGGAGACCCUGCCCAUGGCUGGCAGACGUUCAGUGCUUCCCAGGUGUCGUUUCCCUAGAUGUAAAGGCCCAGUCCAAAGUCCAUUGGUAGGGGCGGGUGCGCUUUGCGUUCUGGAGGUACGAAGCAAGUAAAAUGGGGCAGUAUCCCGUUCUUCCGUUCCGUUAGCAGGAGGGUUUGUGCGGCGUUUUCCUUUUUCCUGCCACUGCGCACCCCUUCCCAGGUCAGCGGGGUGGGGUACAAAUAAUAAUUUGAUUAUUAUUCUUCUUCCCAAAUUUCUCUGGAGUGUUGGGAGAACCCCUAAAGUAAUUUUAGGGGGUUGCGAGGAGAGGAAGAGAACAUUACUUUGCGCAAGCAAAAAUCCUUGCGUUGAUGGAGCAAUCGCAUAGCGUUACUUUGGAAUCAACCUGUGGCGUCCCUACUGGACCGAUUCGGGUCAGCAUAAGCAUAGGUGGAGUUUCAGGUCCCACUGAUCUUUACAUCAGGCACACUCUUUGCCUGCAAAAACGUUCUGUCCAAUCCUGCACCCACCUGACCUUGCCCAGUACGUUCCUCACCCGCCAGUGCUGCUUUGCAGCUGCUCUCCUUUGAGUUCAAGGUGGCUGCCGUUGGCUCCUCCGUUCCUGAGGGUAAGCUGUGUGAUUUGUGCUUCAAGUAGCACAUGCUGUCCUUGUGGAAGAGGAAAGGGCCGCUGGAGAUGGUCUGGGCGCAUCUGCACGCCAGGCCAAAGGCGCAGUUGCAGCAGCACGAAAGAAAGGAAGGCAAUUCUUCACCAGAACAAAUCGUGAAAAUCGCACACGGCUUGCAAAGCCGAUUCUGCGACUGCACAAUAUUAUUAUUUUUUUAUUUCCAAGAGUGUCUGUGGUGAGGAUUUGGAGAAGGGUUGGACCAGGCCUAGCCAACGUAGGAAGAGGAGGGUGGCAGCCAGCACCACAGGAAGUCACGUAGGACACAGAUGGUUGGCCUUCCAGGUGAUGUUGGACUCCAACUCCCAUCAUCCCUCACUGCUGGCCCUGCUGGCUGGGGCUGAUGGGAAUUGGUGUCCCACAACAUCUGGAAGACCUCAAUAGGAAAUUCACAAGAGUCCCAUUUCUGUGGUACAGAAGGCUUUAAACCGGGCUUCCUCAACCUCGGCCCUCCAGAUGUUUCAAGACUACAAUUCCCAUCAUCCCUGACCACUGGUCCUGCUAGCUAGGGAU